CUCUCUCUAAAAAGCAUCCAGCAUCGCAUCAAUCAGCUUUCACGGCUGCGACGCGUUGACAGGGGUCUGGAGGUUGGUGCUGAGCCUCAAGAUGGCCCAGGUUGGGCGCCAGUUGGCGGGGUUGGCGUGUGGGUUUGUGCUGCUGCUGAUGUGGAGCAGCAGUUUGUUUGGGGCACCGGGGGCUGCCGAGCCCGCAGGGCGGAUGUACUUGGACGAGUUGGGCCAACUGCACAUUGGCGACGAAGCCGGCCAGGGUGACAUCAACGUUCUCGGAGUCGAGGUGCGGCACACCCUGGCUGAACUGAAUCGGCUGGUGCAGGCCCAGGCUGAGGAGCUGGAGCAGCUCGAGGCUGAUCGCCGAGCCAUGCGUACUACCCUGCUGCUCAAUGGGGCAAUGGCCGAACCCCUAACGCUGGAACUGCCCCAGCCCCAAGAUGGAGCUCAAUUUGGCUAUGCAGUCGGGAUUGCCGGUGACCGGGUGGCCAUGGGCCUACCCGGAUACAAUGGUGGGCAGGGAAGUGUUUACGUCCAUCGUCGGCCUCGAGGCCAGCCGUGGGUUGCGGCCAUCCGUGACGCAACCCUGGAGGGCGACGCGCCUGGAGCCAACUUUGGGAAGGCCCUGGCUCUCGAUGGUACCACCCUGGCUGUUUCACAGUUUUUCGCUACCAAUGCAACAUCUGUGCGCAUCUUUGACGAGGGUGCCACGGCCACACAGACCAUUCUGCCUGCCCCGGCCUUGGGCGUGACCCCUUCGACUCGAUUUGGUGCCAGCUUGGCCCUGAGUAACGACCUUCUCUUCAUCGGAGACCCUGGCGCUCGGUUGUUCGAUGUCUCGGACAACGUCGGUGCUGUGUUUGUCUACGCUCGCGCACAACCUAGUGCGGGCACCUUUGCUCUGCUACAGGCCCUGACGGGGAACGCCAUGAGCUCCCAGCUUCGAUUUGGAUUGCAGCUCGCCGCGUACGGCCCCGAGUUGAGCGUCACCAGCGUCCUCCAGCCCGCGGCCUUUCAAGUAAACUGGUUCGCUUGCACACCGCAGGGCUGCAAACGGCGGCACCCAGCAGCCACCUUUGCAUCCACCGAUGAUCGUGGCAACACGUACCAGGCCGCCAUGGCCCUGCUGCCCGACGCCUUGCUCCUCGCCUCCCAAGGGGUAGACGCGACCGGCGAGGUUCUGAUCUACCACCGUCUGUGGGACAACACCCUGGCUGCCACGCCAAUCCGUAUCCCCCAUCCCUCGCCCGUGACCGGCAGUUUGUUUGGCUGCAGCAUCGCCGUUGACGACGACGCCACGUUGAUUGUGGGCGCCUACAGGCAGCCCCACGACAACAUCACAGACGGCAUUGCCUAUCUCUUCCCGUAG